AUGCAGCAAUUACAGAAAUUCGCUGCCUUGACGGCAAUGGGUGUCCUGUCCGUCGCCGCUGCUGGCAGCGCCCCCCGAGGCGUCGGCCCCGAGUUUGCCUCGCACUACACAGCCAAAGACAGCUUCCGCUGUAUCGCCAAUCCCGACAUCGAGAUCAGCCGCAGCCGCGUAAACGACAACACCUGCGACUGCCCGGACGGCUCUGACGAGCCCGGCACCGCGGCCUGCGCUCACAUCGACCCCCUCUCUCCCCAGCAGCCCUUGCCGGGAAGCAGCUCGGGGACGACCAGCGCCAAGAACUCGCUCCCCGGGUUCUGGUGCGAGAACAAAGGUCACGUUGGCGGCUACGUACCGUUCAUCUACGUCAACGACGGCAUCUGCGACUACGACCUGUGCUGUGACGGCAGCGAGGAAUACGCGUCCGUGGGCGGAACCAAGUGCGAGAACCGCUGCGCAGCGAUCGGCAAGGAGCACCGCCGUCUCGCCGAGGAGAAGGAUAGGAAGAUGAGGAACGCCCAGGCGCAGCGGUCCAAGAUGAUCUCCGACUCGGAGGCGCUCCGUAAGCAAACGGAAGCACGCAUCGCCGAGAUCGAGAGCGAGAUCCGCGCAACGUCGUCCCGGAAACUGACUCUGGAGGCGAGGUUCAAGGAGCUCCAGAAGAAGGACCGCAACCGCGUGGUCAAGUCUGGCGGCGGCGGAAAGCUUGGUGUGCUGCUUGGGCAGGCCAAGAGCCGCGUCGGUGAACUGCGCGAGGUCCUGUCCAAGGUCUCGGAUGAGCGGGAUAAGCUGCGCAUAAAGGUCAACGAGUUGGAUACCGUCCUUCGGAAGCUCAAGGAGGAGUACAACCCCAACUUCAACGACGAGGGCGUCAAGGCUGCGGUCAAGGCGUUUGAGGACUUUGCCGCUCGCGAAGCUGAGCAGCCGUUUGAUGGCGAUGACGAUGUCUCGAGCGUCUUGGCCGAUGAUGGCGAGCACAGCGGCAUCAAUUGGGCCGAGUUUGAAUCAUCGGACGACGAUGCGGAUAUCAUUUACUCUUUCGAUGCCUACCUGCCCGCUUCGCUGCGCGAGUUCAUCCAGAACCAAAAGGCUGCCAUCCGCGACUGGCUCGUCGAUAACGGGCUGCUCGCCGCGAAGGAAAACACGGGUGCCGAGUCGCAGGCCACCAAAGAAGCGAGAGAAGCCAAGGAGGACGCCGAGCGGGAUCUGACAAGGAAGGAGCAGGACCUGGAGAGCGAGAAGUCGGACCUCGCCAAGGAUUACGGCCCCUCCGACAUCUUCCGCGCCCUCAAGGGCCAGUGCAUUGACAUCGACGCCGGCGAGUACACGUACGAGCUGUGCUGGCUGGACAAGACGAGCCAAAAGUCGAAGAAGGGCCACGGCAACACCAACAUGGGUAACUUCAAGCGCAUCGACCACGAGCUGGCGGAUGAUGAGGAGCGGCUGGAUGGCAAGAGCCUGGGCAAGGGUUCGAGGAUGGUGCUGCGCUACGAGGACGGGCAGGCAUGCUGGAACGGGCCGAACCGCAGGACGGACGUCUGGCUGGGGUGCGCGGACAAGGAGGAGCUGUGGCGCGUGACGGAGGCGGAGAAGUGUGUUUAUAAGAUGGAGGUGGGCACGCCGGCGGCCUGCGAGGAGCGGGUAGAGGGCGAGGUGCCAGUCAAGGAUGAAUUGUAA